CAAAUUCCUACUUGACAAGCAAACCUGCACCACAAUGCCAGAGACACUCCUCGUCACCGGCGCCUCAGGAUUCGUCGCCUCGCACAUCAUCCAGCGAUUCCUGGAGGCAGGCUACAACAUUCGCGGCACUGUUCGCUCCGCUUCGACAGCCGAGACAGUCAAAUCCCGCUAUCCUCCCGACCAAGCCAACCGGCUCUCAUUCACCAUCGUUCCGGACAUUGCUGCUCCGGGUGCCUUUGACUCUGCUGUGAAAGAUGUAUGCGGUGUUAUCCACACCGCCAGCCCGUUUGCUCUCACCGUCGCCGACAACGAGAAAGACCUCCUUCAGCCCGCGAUCCAGGGUACGCUCAACGUCCUCGACUCCAUCGCCGCUCACGGAACCGCCGUCCGGCGCGUGGUGGUCACCUCCUCCUUCGCCGCCAUCCUAGACCUCAGUCAGGGCCUCCGCCCGGGCUACCGCUACACCGAGGCCGACUGGAACCCCUGCACCUACGAGGAAGCCAAGACCACCACCGACGCGAGCGUCGCGUACUGCGCCUCCAAAGCCCUCGCCGAGCGGAAGCUCUGGGAAUGGGUCGAGAGCGCCGCACCGCCCCCCACCUUCAGCGUCACGACCAUCUGCCCGCCGUGGAUCUUCGGUCCCGCGCUGGGAAACCCACAGCAUAAGGGGAACAACCGACUCAACGAGUCAACAGAGACGAUCUGGAACCUGGUGAAUGGCUCGCGCACCGAAGUCCCCGAUCAUGACUUCUUGGCCUUCGCCAACGUGAAGGAUGUGGCGGAGGCGCAUUACCAGGCAUAUACGCGGGCGGAAGCCGGGGGAGAGCGCUUUCUUGUCGCCGGAGGUCGGUUCUUGUAUCAGGAGGCGUGCGGGAUUCUGCGAGAGAAGUUUCCGCAGCUCGGGGACAAGGUGCCGUAUCGGGCUAAUGCUGGGUCCGUGGAGACGUAUAUCGCGGAUGGAAGUAAGGCGGAAAGGGUCCUGGGGUUGCAGUAUCGGAGCUUGGAGGAGACUUUGGUGGAGACGGUUGAGGAUCUUUUGAAGCGAUUUGCUACUUGA